CGAAGUCUUUGGUCAUCAGCUGACACUGACCUCUGGCGGAGAUAACGAACUGCAGGGUGCAAUAAUAAGAUGUGUUAUUUGUUAUUGAUAUUAUUGCAAAUUAAUUGUCGGGGUUUAUCAAUCGAUUCGAUGUUUUGAAAGUCAAAGUACAUAAAACACAGCCACACUGUAUAUUAUUUGUGUUCUAAGCUUCAUCUAAUUAAAUUCAUCAGCCCUAAAUAUGAUCAGUUUGGGAUCGUAUGAAUACAAUCCAGCUGAUGUUUUGGGUAAUGGGGCAUUCGCAAUUGUUUAUAAAGGGAGAGUUAAAAAUAAUCCAGAUGAACCUGUAGCAAUAAAAAUCAUGUUAAAGGACCAAAAUGUCCUUAAAUCAAAGACGCUUCUUAGUAAAGAAAUAUGUGUUUUGAAGGACCUCAACCACGAAAAUAUCGUCCGACUAUAUGAUCAUAACAUAUCUAGUAAUGGGGUCUAUCUGGUGAUGGAGUACUGCAAUGCUGGCGAUCUUUCUGAAUAUUUACAAGCUAAGCGUACUCUGCCUGAGGAUACAAUUCGUCAUUUCCUAAUACAAAUUGGCUCGGCCAUGGAUGCCAUGAAUAGAAAAGGUUUUAUGCAUAGAGACUUAAAACCAGGCAAUAUUUUGUUGAGUCAUUGCAGGGAUUGUGGUCACCAUGUCACUUCUAUUCCUGGUUAUCUUCUAUCUUUCAAGUUAGCUGACUUUGGUUUUGCCAGGUUUUUACAAGAUGGGAUGAUGGCAGUAACCAUGUGUGGAUCACCUAUGUACAUGGCUCCUGAAGUACUGAUGUGUCGUAAAUAUGAUGCUGUAGCAGAUAUUUGGAGUAUGGGCAUAAUUGUUUAUCAGUGUUUAACUGGUAAGGCUCCGUUUUAUGCCAACACUCCAGAGGCGUUAAAAAACAUAUAUGAAAAAACAGCUUGUCUUAGACCGAAAAUCCCUGUUACAACUAGUAAAGCACUACAGGAUCUUCUCCUGAAAAUGCUUAUUCGUAAACCAUCUGAUAGAAUUGAUUUUCAAAAUUUCCUGAAUCAUCGAUUUCUGCAUCAACGACAUUUUGAACCUCGAGCUGGUUCUGGUCCAGAGUCGUCUGCACCACGAUCAUCUAUCGCCCCUACUCUACCCAGUCGUAAUAGACCAACGGUUCGAGGUCCAGGGAUUACAGUUCUUGGUCAAGGAACCGGUGAAGGUCCAUUCUUUAUUGCUCCACAAGAUGGUAAUCGUGCAAGAGAUAAAACACCUCAAGGAAAACCUUCAACUAAUCCACCUGGUUCAUCAAAUGAUCCUCGUGAAUGGACUAAUCCAACACAUUGGUCAAAUAAUAAUACCAAUAUUAAUCAGUUGAACAGACAACAACCUUUAUCUGGAACAAAUUCACCAUCAUCACAAGGCACAACUGAUUUUAAUUCAUUCUAUCCACAACAUACUGGUACUGGUAUUAGUAGACCGUUCAAUAAUUAUGAUGAUCCAAGCUAUGGUCUAGACGAUAUCGAUGAUGAAAUGACCAAGACUACAGUGGAUGAAUAUAUUGAAGAUGAAUUAGAUGCAUCUAGUUCAUCACCAGUUAGCGAUCAAAAUCACUUGCCUAAACUACCAUCAGCUAAACCACGUGAUUUUAUGCCUACUGAUUCUAAUAAAUAUGCUACAGAUAAUCAUCGAAAUAAUGUUAAUGCUAAUUUUUAUAGUCCCAGUCAACAACACCAACAACAACAACAACAACAGUAUGGAUUGAACAAUUAUCGACCAACAGUACCAAUGGGACAGGAUGGACCUAAUGUAGAACAACAAAGAUCAACUGCACAUCGAUGUUGUACUAGAUAUGAUCAACGUGGAGUGUGUAUGAAUGCUGAAAUGGAAUACGGUGAACCACCGCUUGAAGAUUAUGUUAUUGUUAAUUCAGAUGGUUCAGAAGUUCCACGUAUAGAUCGUGAACGAUUACGUCAACUAAAUCAACCAACUGAUCCACUUUCACAUAUGAGUAACAUUGGUCGAAUUGUUCGUAAUCCUGGUGCAUAUCUUACGCAUAAUACUGAUAAUCAUGUGCAACGUAGAGGUAUGACAGAUAUUGGUCCACUUCCAGAUGUGACAAUUGGUACACAUACAACAGAUAAACAAUAUCAUCAAUCAUCUAACGAUAAUCAUAAUAAAAAUCCAUCUACCAUUUUAAAUACCAAUGAAAUUUCACAUGAUGUAAACAAUAAAUUAGCUGAUCAGUAUCUUCAUCAGUUAUCAGUUAAUCCUAGAAAUUCUCCAAUUAGUGAGAAAUAUAUAACUCGUCCUAUAUCAGAACCAAUCAAACCAUCUGGUGAUGAUUAUACAAGAGAUCAACCCCAUGGAACGCAAAUUAAUGAAGGGAAUAUGUCAUCACUCCCUCAUCAUAAUAUUGAACCGAAAAUUUCCAAUAUGGAACCUACGAUGAGUAAUGUAAAUUCGGCGAAAACUGGAACUACAUUACAACAAUUGAAUUAUCCAACUGGUAAUAGACAAUUUGUUCAUCCGUCUGGUUUACAAACUAUUACUGUUCAAGGUGUUGAUUGUGUUUAUCCUGUAAUCGCUGCAGGUAGAAAUUUUGAAAAUGAUUUAACAUCUGGUGGUUUAUGGGAAGCUGCAGAAUUCUCCGAUGAAAUUUUAAUGGAGUCUGAACAUAAUGAAGAAAUUAAGAAAAUCACAAUGGUGUUAGAAUUAUGUGAAUUAUUAGCAGAAUUGGCCGAACGUCGUGCAUCUGCACUGGCCGAUUGUACUCCAACACGUAUUGUACAUACAGAUAAUGAAGAAAAUACGACAACAACCACUACUACUAAUACUACUACCACAGAUCCUUCUACUGUCAAUGAUCGUUUAUUGCCAGUGAAUUCAGAUAAUCAACAAACUAAUAAUGUUGGUAAUAAUCAUUGUAUUAGCGGUCACAAUGCCAAUAAUCAUGAUAAUGAGCGUGAAUCAACUAAAAGUUCUCAACAAACACCAUCCACUGCAUUGAAAUUUGUAUCUGAAGCACAAAGAAUUGUUGAACAAAUUGUACUUUAUCGACGUGUUCUUUAUUAUUUGGAAUACGUAUUUGAUCAAGUUAAAAAAGCUUUUCAAAAUGGACGUCUGAAAUCUACACCCACUGCACGAAAGCGUUUAGUCGCUUGUAAUACAUUGUAUCAUCGGUGUUACAUCCGACUAAGACAAUUAGCAAGACAAUCACGUCGUGAAGAUUUAAUUGAACCAGUUGGUAGACUUUUAGCGAAUAUUACAGCUAAUCGUUUAAUAUUUCAAUAUGCACUAGAUCAAUGUUAUGCUGCUGAAAUGGAUGAGUAUAUUGGUGAAAUUGCAUUGUCUCUUCAACGAUAUAAAGCUGGUGUCACUUUAAUUCACGGCCUAUGUCAACAUGCUAAAUCACAAAGAGAUAAAACGUUAUUAUCUGAUUGUAUGCGAUUAUUAAGAGAACGAUAUGCUUGUUUAUGGUCGACUGCAACGAAACCAAAUCAACAAGCAGUACAUUAUCAACCUGACACAACAAUCCCAGCAACUGCGACAACUACACCAACAACUCAAUGUCCUAAUAAUAAUACUAAUAAUAAUCCUACAAAUAUUCUUUUACCAUCGAAUAAUCUACCGGAUCCUGCUUUGAUCAAUCCAUCAGCCAUAGUAAAUAAUACCAAUUGAUGCAUUAUAUAUUAUCCAUGACUGAUUGAUUGUGCAUCGAUCAUCAUCAACUUGAUGGCAACAUGAACUACUGAUGUACACUUACGUAC